AGGUAUGCAUCUUUCUUCCUUUAAUUACUCUUCCUUUUGCCUUUUUACUGUAUGUAAAUUUUAAUUUCAAUUAAUUAUUCUGGGUUUUGGGCUAAAAUCUGUAUGAAAUAAUUGAAUUUAUGAACUGGGUAUUGAUGAUAAUCUUUAUUUAAGUUGGAUUAAAUUGUUUUAUGGGUGAUUUUUGCUUUGAAAUGUUGAAAUACCUAAUAGUUAAUUCUUAAUUUUUCUGCUUAAAAUUUUUUCUGUUCCUUUUUUCUACAAUUAUUUGAAUUCUUUUACUUAAUGAUUGUUUAUUUAUCAUAGUUUUUGUGCAAAUGGAUCCCCAAUUAGAAGAAUUAUUUGGGACACUCCAUCGAUUCAAGUUCAAUGAUCAGAAGGUACCAUUUUACCCUAAUAAUAGUGUUGUUAAUACUCUGCAAGAUCCCAAUUUACACCCAAAUUUUGUAAAUACAGUGAAACUACAAGAAUCAAAUCCCAUAAAUUCCCAAAACCCUAAUUUUAAUUUAGUUGUGCCAUCAGUAGGUCAAGAAUUUGAUUCAUCUUUACAUGAAGAUUAUGAUUUUAGUGAUGUUGUUCUUAAGUAUAUUAAUCAAGUUCUUAUGGAAGAAGACGAGGAAGAAAAAGCUCGAUUGAAUCACGAGCCUUCAGCUCUUGCAGCUGCAGAGAGAACAUUGUAUGAGGUUAUAGGGAAGCAAUAUCCUUCUGUACAAGAUCAUCUGUAUAAUUUGCCCCUAGUCGAGAAUGAUAGAUUAAAUACUAAUAGUAGUAUUGGUAGUUGUAUUAGUGAUAGUUAUAGUCGAGGUAGUAGUAGUAGUAGCAUGUUUAUGGACCCGACAUGUUCUGUGAGCCCUUUUGAAUAUAACCCUCCAUCGAUACUUGAUUUUUCCGUGCCUUCCUCAAACUCACCUUUGCAAAAGUCGUAUAGUGUAUCGAGUAAUUCGGGUAGGCAAUAUGGUGUUUUGGAAUUCAACUUUGAGAAAUCGAUGAGUUUGGGUAGUAGUGUUGGUGGUUAUUUGGAUACGACAGUAGAAUCUCCGGUGAGUGCCCUUAAUGUGUCUAAGAUAUUCAAUGAGGGUCAGUCGAUUUUGCAGUUUCAGAAAGGGGUAGAGGAAGCUAGGAAGUUUCUUCCUAAGGAUCCGUUGUAUACGGGUUUGAUAAUUGAUGGGUCCUAUCCGAAGUUAGAUAAUGUGGUGUCUAAGGCAUCGGGAGUUGAUUUGGAGAAGAGAGGUGAAAAUGAGGGUUUAGCUCGGGUGUUUAGCGGAAAGAAAAAUCGAAAUCGUGAUGAAGUGGUGUCCGAAGAAAAGAGGGAUAGUAAGCAAUCGGCCAAUUCAUUCAUUUCCGAUGAAGCGGUUAAGAGGUCGGAAAUGUGGGAUAGGGUGUUAUUGUGUAGUGGAGGUAAACAUGAUGCUGUUCUUCGGGAAGCUUUACAGAGUGAACUAAAAAAAAACGCGCAAAUCGAUCAAGCAAAAGGGUCUAAUAGCGGGAAAGGUCGUGGUAGGAGAAAAGGCAAGAGAGAAGUAAUAGAUUUAAGAUCACUCUUAAGCUUAUGUGCUCAAGCUGUCGGGUCGAACGAUCAAAGGAGUGCAAAUGACUUGCUUCAACAAAUACGACAACAUUCUUCUCCUACAGGAGAUGGAAAUCAACGAAUGGCUCACUAUUUUGCCGAUGGUCUAGAGGCACGUCUUGCGGGUGUAGGAACCCCGAUAUAUAAAUGUCUCCUUACCGGCCCUGCCUGUGCUGUCGAUAUCUUACGAGCAUACCACAUGUUUUUAGCUGUAUGUCCCUUUAAGAAAAUUGGAAAUUUCUUCUCGAAUAGAACGAUUACGGAAGUUGCUGAGAAAGCAACACGACUCCAUAUAAUUGAUAUCGGUAUGGUCUAUGGUUUCCAAUGGCCUUGUCUAUUCCAGCGUCUUUCGUCAAGACCUGGUGGGCCCCCGAAUAUUCGUAUUACUGGUAUUGAUCUUCCACAACCAGGGUUUCGACCAUCCAAACGGCUAGAGGAGACAGGGCGUCGAUUGAAAAACUAUGCGGAGUCUUUUAAUAUCCCGUUUGAGUUCAAUGCUGUGGCGAAGAAGUGGGAAACGGUCACUGUCGAAGACCUCAAGCUUGAUACCAAUGAGUUGCUUGUUGUGAACUGUUUGUUUAGGUUUAAGUAUAUACCCGAGGAAACGGCAAUGGUGGAUUGCCCGAGAGAUAUGGUUCUUAACCUCGUAAGGCAGAUAAAACCCGCUAUAUUCAUACAAGGUGCUGUUAACGGAGCAUUCAAUUCCCCGUUCUUCAUCACUAGAUUCCGUGAGGGUCUCUUCCAUUUUUCAACUCUCUUUGAUAUGAUCGACACUAAUCUUCCUCGGGAUAUUCCAGAAAGGAUUCUGAUUGAGCGAGAGAUAUUUGGUCGACAAGCGAUGAACGUGAUUGCUUGUGAGGGUUUGGAGAGGAUAGAAAGACCAGAGACAUACAAGCAAUGGCAAGUACGAAAUGAAAGGAUUGGGUUCAAUCAACUUCCAUUAAAACCCGAGAUAGUGGCUAUGGCAAAAAAGAGGGUUAAAUCUGUUUAUCACAAAGAUUUCUCAAUUGAUGAAGACGGGCAUUGGUUAUUACUCGGAUGGAAAGGUAGAAUCGUCUAUGCACUCACAAAUUGGAAGCCCAGGUUCCCAAAUUUCUAGCGCCAAUAAUGUGUGAUCGGGAAAUUUGUAUAGCAGCUCGACCCCUGAGUUCUGAUAUAUACGUGCUUCCGAGAUCAAGGACUUGGCAGAAGAAGUUCGACCCUUCACGCAAAGGAAUCGUGUAUGGCAAAAUGAAGCCGAGGAAUCUUUGAGACGAAAGCGGCACACGAGGUAAAGCUUAAUAUCGAAAGGCAGAAAAAUCAGUUGGAAAUUUAUCUGAUAAAUUUGAAUUUGGCUUUGUUUUUUGUCUAGGAAAAAUACAUUUUGUGCAUUAGAUAAAUGCAAUGCAACUUUUGGUUGGUUAAAGGCUAUUAACCAAUAUUUGAACUUGUAUCAUCCAAGUUAGUUAAAGGCUUUUAAAUAUUCAUGUUUUUUCCUUAAUCCAGAUGUAUAAAUAUUUUUUUGAUAUAUAAAUGUAUGUUUUUGAAUGUACUAAAAUUCAUUCAACUUAUUAAAGGACCUUUUUAUUUAUGGUUUAUAUGGACAAA